UGAAGACGUGUCUAUAAGGCGUGAUUAAUAAAGCUAUAACAUUUUAUAAAGUUAAAGUGUCUCUUAUUGCGUUUAAAACCCUGAAACCUUUAACAGGUUAUGGGCCCAGGCGCGUAACGCUUUUUUUACGCUUCCACCGCGCGAGUGCAAAGUGAGGAAUAAAAUAAAAAAAAAAAAGAGGAGAGUCAAGACGGGAAGGCGAGGAUUGCUAGUAAGCUGUUCGGAAGUUGGUGUUCUUUUUUUUUUUUGUUAAAGCUUCACUAGAGCAAUUUUAGACGACAUGAAUCUUCAGCAACAAAAUACUGAGGAGGAAGCUAAGAAGAAGACAGAGUAUAUAAGCAAUCUUUAAUACUGAGGAGGAAGCUAAGAAGAAGACAGACUGUACAACAACCGGAUUUGUUCCAAAUGUUCAAAUUGAAUCAAAAUCACAAAGGAGAAGACAUUUAUAUUGAAAUAAAAGAAGAGGCGCUAAUUAUAAUUACUGAGUUAGGUGGAGAGUACAUUACAGAAAAACGAAUGUUACCUGAGCGUUCAUGGGAAAGUCUGCUAGAAUGGCGAGAAGAGAUGUUAUUAGCUGGCCAGCCACUUGCAAUGCCUAGGAUCAUCUCGGAGCAGCGCGUAGCUAUUGCAAAAGAGGAAGGGGAUGUCGCGGAUAAAGGAGAGAUAGGAGAGAAGGAGAGUGAAGAGAUGGAGGCGAAUCUAGCAGAUAGUGAGAGAGGAGAAGAAGAUGAGAAAACUGAGGCGAGUUAUAUAACACAACAGACAAUAGUUAACGCGAUAAAAUCAGUUGAGACGAGAUUAGAGUCACAGGAAUGCAAAGUCAGUGAACUAAUCAAAACAGUAGAGAAAAUGUGUUUCGCUUCCGCCACAAUGAUGGAGCAGUUCACAAAAAUUAUCCAGGAGGUGAAAUAAGAAUUGGCACAGAGCAAAAAGGAGAGGCAAAGUCUAAAAAGUAUUGAAGAAUUAAAACAAUUGAUUCGCGAUGACUAUGUGAAGCAUUGAUUUGACGAAGUGAAAAGAACAAUGAACAUAAUGGAAGAUGCGGUUGAAUCACUCUUGCAAGCUAAACAACAGUUCUUGAAUUAUGAAGAACCAGAGGAUGAAGCAGCGCGAAACCAGGCCAGUGGAGGUGAGAAGAGUGAAAUUCGGGCAGCUAACUUAGCGCAGUCAGCAGGCCCACGAGAGACACCUCCGAUUAGACACAGUACAAUUGGACACUGGCUUUGAUUGGCUAAUCGUGCUUGAUCGUGCUGGUUACCCUAGGCAUCGGUCGAUAUGAUUGGCUGUGUCUAAUCGUACUGUGUCUAAUCGGGCAAUCCCCGCCCACGAUGCUACGAGUGUCAAUCAUAUGGACACAUGGCCGGAAGUUGCCCUAACAUUGGAAAAGGCCCACAAUGUUAUAAAUGUCGGAAAUUUGGGCACAAGGCCCUAGAAUGUACCAGCCAAGUUGAAUCCAUGUCAAGUACAUCGAGGGGUAGAUGCAGAGGAUCUGUGAGGUAUAACUAAAAUAAUAAUCUUAAUCGCGGUGCGUUUCGAGGCGGUUUUACAAGGCGAGGUUUGAAAAGGAAAAUGGAAAGUAGACAUACACAUUUCUCGAAAAGAGGUCGAUUCAGGGGUGCAAAAGGUUCGGGUAGUUAUAAAAACAAUAAUAAUAAGGGCAAUGGUGGAAAAGUUGACGAAAAGAAGAAAAAUCCUAGCC